AUGGACACUUCUUUUGAGCGGCUGACUGAGGCCAUCAAGCUUGCAGCCGACAAGCUGGGCUUUGACGAUGCUGCAACGCUCUCGUCUCUGGCAACGCUGGCGGAUACGGGGACUGCCACGCCGUCCAACACUCCCGAGGCUGUGGCAGACCGAGUCAGGGCGUUCAGGACGGCUGCGAUUCGCGAGCAGAACCGCCCGCCUCGGCACAUGCCUCCGUCGGAACGCUUGCAGCUCGUCGAGACCAUGGAGAAGACGCGCAGCAAGGUGUUGAGGCUUCUUGACGGGUCAGACCAGUCGGGCGGGCUCAACCUGCUCAUUCUCGGCGCGACCAAGUUCUGCUCGACUCGACCUCUGCAAGAACUCAAGCCGAUCACGUUCAAGGACAUGCAAGUCACGAAGACGCACAAGGGGCGGGUCCUCCUCCUCCGAAUCGUCUCCGUCCCCUGCUACAUUGUCGGCAUCUCUUUCGCCGCCGAAGACACGAACGGCCGAGUCGAGCACAUCACGAUUUACAACCUUCCCCUGCAUGGCAUUCGUACCGGCCCCGACCUCGACGCCCUCUUCCCCGUCGGCGCCCUCUGCGCUAUCCGCGAACCGUCCUUCAAGAUGGGCGGCUCCGAGAACGGCCACGCCGUCCGAUGCGACUCGGCUAGCGACUUCUACUUCCUCGAACCCGACUCGCCGAUCCUCGCCGACGCCCGCUGGCCGGGCCCGGCUCCUGCCGAACCGCGUCCCGCCUCGUUCGACUGGAAGGCGCUCGGCAACGGCUACUUCGCUCAGCGCAAGGACUACCUCGCCGUCCGAGCGUACAGCGAGGGCCUCGCGCGCUGCUCGUCCCCCGAGCAGCGACUCGUCUACUACCUCAACCGCGCGCAGGCGAACUUGCGGCUCAACAACUUCGGAGGUGCCUGGCGCGACACGUCGGCCGUGCUCAGCUUCCUCAAAGCCGGCAUCUCGGGCGGUCCGCCUCGAGCGGAACUCAAGGCGACCAUCCGCCGCGCGCGGGCGCUUACAGGCCUGCGUCAUCUCGAGCGGGCGCACGACGAGUAUAAUCGUGCCUUUGAGCUGGAUCAGGACGAACUAGAGGUUCUUUCCGGGCGAGGACUCGUUGGGGCGCUGUUGAGCCAGCGCGACACGGGCGAGUGCAACUGGGCCGGCUUGGAGGAACUGGCGACAGGCUGGAUGGCGCCAAGCGGUCUGCCGGUCGCCGACUACUUCGGACCCAUCAAGAUCGCUCGGCUCGAGCAAAGGCUGAGGGGACGAGGUAUCGUUGCAACCAAGGCGAUGAAGGCGGGUGACCUGAUCAUCGUUGAGAAAGCCCUCGCUGUCGCCGCCAACCUGCCCGCCGAGCGCGACUUUGCUCCGACUGCCAUGCGAGACCGUCCGCUACUCCCGUUCGCCACGCAUGCGACGGUGGAUACGACCCGUCUUGAAGCCAUCUCGCUCGUCAAUGCGUUCCCUCUCGGUCGGCAUAAAAUCGGCUAUGAGUUCAUCGACAACUACGCAUCCGGCCUCUUCCUCGUCGCGAGCAUGCUCAACCACUCGUGUCAGCCCAACGCGCACUGGAUGAAUCUCGGCGACGUCGUGAUCGUCCGCGCGCGAACCGCCAUAGCUCCUGGCGACGAAAUCUGCAUCAGCUACGUCCCGAGCGCGUCGAGCCAGACAGUCGCCGACAACAUCCUACGCCAACGUGCCAUGACGGCUUGCGGGUGCGUGAUGUGCGAAGAGAUGAUCAACGACGGCAGCGAUCAGAUCAACUUGCGACACAAGCUCCUCGACGACAACAUACCCAAGUAUUCGCAGUUCAUACACAGAGAAGGCGCCGCCGGUCUGAAGUCUCGCAGGAAUAACAAGCCGGCACUUGCGAAGCUCAUCAAGAGGAUCGAAGCGACCUACCCCAAGGAUGGCAUCAGCUUCCGGCCCGAUCUCGUCAUGCCCUACCUCGUCAUAUCCGAGUUCUGCGACACAACGACUAAUACGGGCGCUGCGGAGAGCGUGGCGUGGGCGAGGAAGGCGUUGGUGGCAUCUGGAGCAGACUUUGUGGACGACGAGGCCGGCAAGAUCACGCCCACCGCUGCGCCAAUCUCGCAAAUCGGCAACAUGAUGGUUCUCAUGCUGCGGAACGCGUCCAUGUACGUCUGGGACGGCGGCGUCGUCGGACAUGAGGGGUUUGCCUGGCUGGCGGCGGCGGUGGAGAUGAGCAGAAUCCUUUACGGCGAUACUGUCGCCAGCUUCGCCGUACGUUUUGCCUCGAGGCUGGUCCUCUACGGUCUCGACAAGGCUGUCAGGCGGUGGAUCAAGGAGGCGGAGGGAGGAUCCGGUUAG